AAAGGAGUCACUACCACGACUCCUUCUACAACUACUGGAGGCAAUAGUUAUCGCGAAGAGACUUGCUCAGGUCAACUAGUACAUAUUAUUGAUGUCGUAACUACAUGUUUUAUGUUUAUUAGCCCUUCAAACAUUGUAUAUGUCAUAACUACAAGAUGCGUCCGCGUGUGGAGUCUUUCGGGAAUUCUCAACAGCAACCUCACUCCUCCUUGGGAAAUCACUCCUCUUCCGCAAAUCUCUCUACUUCAGCAGCAGUCCAUCUUUUAUGGCUAGUUGUGCUCCGAAUCCGAAAAGUAAAUGAAAAUUAGAACUCUUGUUCAGGAGCCAACCAUGUCAGUCUACUAGGGAAUCUAGUAGACACACUCCUAACCCAACCUGACGAGUUUCCGUUUAAGAUUCUGAAUCGUGUGUGCUGCACUUCGUUGUAUUCUGACAUCUGGAGUCCCAUCCCUUCUUCAAAAGUAGUCAAGGGAAAUCUAAGUCAACAAGAAGGGGAGAAGCAGUUCAUCUCACUUGAGUAGCCGAAGAAGUCACACUACCACUACCACUCCUCAUCAAGAUUAUUCUACUGCCUCUUACUCGUAAACUUGAAAUAAGCGAGUAAUCUCGAAAAUAAGACUAGGGGAAUCUUCGCCGGGCAGCGCCUCGCUGGCUGCUGACGCUCGGGCCGAGAUAUGUUAGAGGGCCCCACAGAUGCCCCACCGGCCGCAAAGCGUCGGCAGCAAUCUAUACCAGAGGCCCGAUCCCAGCCCCAGUGGCCGCGCCGCGGGGGAUCGGUAAGGCCAGGCGCGCGUGUGUGUGUGUGUGUGUGGUAGAUGUUCCCAGCUGCCUUGGCCCUUAGAGGCCGGUCGCGCCUCGGUUGUCGCCGCGCCUCCUGGGUGGAGGCCGGCUUUCCCCCUUUGCUUCGUCCCCGUUCUCCCCCUUUGGCCCCGCCAGGGGCGGGAGACGUCUCCGCCUCCGCUUCCAUUUCGCUGAGGCCACGGCAGGCGCGUGCCCUGGCUCGUUUUCGCAGGCGUGUGCUCUGGCUCGUUUUCCCGGCUGCUCGGGUGGUUCGCUGAGGUAGCUCCGCUGCUUGUUCGCUUUGCGCGUUGUCCUCCAGCAUUUCGUGGGGCGGCAGUGUGGGUGUGUGACGUUGCUGGGCUUGUUGUCUGGUCGGUGAUUCUUCAUGCUGCCUUCUGCUUGGUUGUUUCGUUGUUUCCAGUGUGGGGCGCUGCUUGGGCCGGUUCAUGUCGUGGCGCCCCCCACGCAGCUUUGGCGUGUGCGUCGUCGGUUUUUCUUUGUCUGGGCUCUUUUCCUUUGCUUCGAUGUUGUUCUUGGGUUAUUUCGAGCAUGUGUCUAUCGGCCUGGCUCACUCUCUCCCGUGAAACAAAGGCGCGGGCGCUUCUUGUGCGGGUUGGCCUCGGGCGUGUUUGGAGGCAAGGGCGAAAAAGGCGAAACCAACUCGCUGCAUGUAUGUGAAGCACAUUAAAAACGGGACCCAAGGAAAAGCAACAGGCAAAGGGGUGCGUUUUUCUGGAGUUCCACAACGCCUCCGGCAGGGGUGGCUGGAACUCCCCCGUCCGGUACCGGACGGAGGAGUUCCACUCCGCGCUCCGCAGCCCAAAUCCCUUUUGGCCUGCGGACGGCUGCAUGGAACUCCUCCGUCCGGUACCGGACGGGGGAGUUCCAUCCACCCCUGCGGGCGGCGUUGUGGAACUCCGGAAAAGCGCGCCGCUUUGUUCGGUGCUUUUCUUCGGGCCCCUUUUCUAAUGUGAUUCGCAUUCAUGCACCAUGCGCGUGCCCCAGCCCUUUCGAUCUUGUCCUCCCAAAAGUGUGCGCAGCGGGAUGGCUCACAGGGUGGCCCGAAGGCUCGCUCUCCUUCGUCGCAUUGCCUGGGAGGUUUCUGUCGGCCCUUCAGGUGGUGUGGUGGGUGUGUGUUGGUAUGCCUUUCCCGCAGGCGCUCGGGCUGGUGCGUGCGUGCUCGUUCUGGUCUGGGGCUUGUUGGUUCUUUCUCUCUCUGCUGUCUGCUAGGUAGUCUCGCUCUGUCGCUGGCAUUUUGGUGGCUGGGCAUCGCAGAGACCUGAGGCGGUGCAGAAUGGGUGGGGCAGAGAUACUUGCGGCUGGCUUGUUGUGUGGGUUUGCGUUCUGGGCUGGAGGUUGGCUGGGGUGUUGUUCGUCUCAAUCUGGCACGCCCCUUGCCGUAGGUUGCUGGGUAGGGCUUGCUAUUCCGUUUUCUUUGGCCCCUUUUUCGCUGCUGGUCUUGGUGCUCGGCGCUUCUGAGGGGUUGGCACACGUUGUGACCGGCGUCAGCCGCCCGACAUGAUGAGGGAAUGGGAAGCGGCUUGGUAAACCGAAGCAAGGGCACCGGGCGACAGGCUUGGGGCUGGGCGCCCGCUGCAUCGUCGGGCGCCGUUUGCGUGGGAGUCGCAGACCGUGUUGCGCUUUAGGCAUGUCCGGCUGGUCGUGGGGGAUUUGUCUUGCCCAUUUUCUCCUCUGCGGUUGGAGGUUGCCUAGGGCUUACCCCACCCCUGCCCGCUGUGCACGGCCUGCGCUCGGGCUGGCUGGCGUGUGUCUCAAUGCCAGAAGAAUGGCGAGCGCAUCGACAGCGAUGGCAACUGGCAAGCCUUUCGUAGUUUUAUUUUCUUUGCCAACUCGCUUAUUUCAGUUUUUCGAGUAGGUAGAAAAUUGCUUGUUAGCCUCAGUCAACAAAUUGAAAUUGAUCGUUUAGAACAACAGAUGCAGAUAGAGGCUCCGUAUGUUGUACUGUUACCGAAACCUAACCUAUGGAUUAUUAAGAUGUAGAUAGCACAACGACAUCAAUUGCUGACUUAAACUUUGAACCUUGAACUUCUAUCUUCGCUAAUUUCCCCUCUUCCUGCGAAUCCGAGUAACAAUUUGUCGAGUUUCCUCAGAAACGAGCACCGCAGGAUCUACAGGGACCGAAGCUUUGGCAAGGGAGAGGAAGUGCUGAGAUCGAAGCUCCGGCAUCUACUCCAUGUUGAUAGUUGUACGACCAUUGAAGACCAUCUUGGCCAUCAGAUGACCUCGGUCGAAGUUUUGACCAGAGGACGGUCUUUAGACGGUUCGGCUCAACAAGAACAUGCGGCAAAUAAUUCUGCUUCUUAAGGCUUUAUGUUAUGUUCUUAAUCUUAGUAACGUCAGCAGGUGGGAUCACUUUCACUUCACAAAUAAUAGCCUUUUAACUAUUCUUGUCAGCUUGAUUUCUUAAUACUGCCUCAUCAAAGUCCAGCAUACUCUUCUUCGAAAAAGCAUCUUCUUCGCUAACUCUCUAAUCUUGAACUUCCAUCCUCGCCUUCAACGCGGUGAAUCGGAGCAAGCGGUCGCCACCGUUUUGGUCCUCCACUGACACAAAGCGGGAACCAAUAGAUCAACGUCGCAGUACAACAACCAAUGGGAAGACGAAAACAAGCAGUUGUACCAGUACUAGCGAUCAUCAUGGUCAACAUCAUGGUCCCCUUUUGAGGGUUCGGUCUAGUGGUCACCACAUGGCCAAUAACCCUCGAACAGCGAAGCGGGCACAAGUAGCUGUAGAGGAAAGUUCAACCUCAGUCGGCUCAGGGUUUCUCGUGAACCGUAGCAAGCCCUAUAAGAACACAGCUAGCGUUGUUGACAGACCUGCUUCAUCCAGUAGUGUUAGUAGUAGUGCAAAAGGACCUGGAGGAUCAUCUCGCCAACAGCGUUCUUCUACCUCACUGAUUACGACGGCAGCCUAUGUCAGCGGCAGCCGGAGGACACCAAGCACCAAGGCAGUCGCUUCUUUCGUUUACGGUUGGUAGUCGUGGUUCUUCUUGAGUUUUUGUUGAUCGAGGUUGAGAUGGAGUAUAUAAUUUUACAGUGGAGCAUAUAAGGUUCGAAAACUGAAAAUAUCCGAGUUACUGACUGAAAUAAGGGAGGUAGCUUAACGUCAAGGCUACUCUUCUUUCUCAUCAGUAUCUCGGUUAUUCUGAUCAGUUACUUGCUUAUUUCAGUUUUUCGAAUACUCACCUACCUCCCAAGAAGGUUCUUGUAAGUAUCUUUUCAUCUAACCUAUGCUGGAAAAUCUAGGUGAAAUAAGUGUAGUUGCCGCACCGGGCAACAGCUAUCGUCCCGCUUUUCAGACCGAUGUAUUCUCUGCUGCUUGCAGUAAACAGGUAUCAAAACAAGGUUUUUCUCACGAUCACGAGCUACUACCACCACAUGACUGCAGUAAGGAAGACCACCAGAUGAAUGAACUACUACUCCAAGAACCUUCUAAGCACAAGAACAGUGGCGCGAGUUGUACCCCUUCCUCCAAACAACAACGCUCAUCGGAAGAUUUACAUCAUGAACUAGGACCUCCACAUCCACCAAACGAUGAAGAAGACAUCAAAGGAACCGACAGCGAUGCAUCCUCGUUUGACGAUGAGACAUUACGGCUAGAGGACUAUUAGCCGAUAAUUGAUUCAUCUUCAGAAGUACUUCUCAUGAUAGAUUUGAUGGUCAAGGAAGUUCAACAUCUGUAGUCGUGUUGUAGGUGAAGGAUAAUAUCCUCGUAGUUGAAGAACAAUUACAAGCGCUAAUUCCAUCAUCUUCACAAGAAAGCCGUGCUGAGGAGCUCAACAUAGAGAAUUUUUUAGAUUGUCCGAAUGAUGGUCCUCGCGCGCGACAAUAUUCGCAGUCUGUACCGCGUAACGACCUAGAAGUUGACUCCGUCAGUUGUAGCCUCCAAGACUCUUCCAUCAACAGUAAUACGAGUAAAAAUAGUAGUACUUCUACUAGUUCGUUAAGAAGUACUGCGAGUAUGAUGUUGAGUUUGAGCUUGAAGAAUGGAGGAGACGAAGUUUUAGCCUCCGUUGCGUCUAGUACAAAAUUGCCGACAUUACUAGCCGCCGACGUCGAACUGGAGAGCGAGAUGAGUGCAAGUGCGUCAGCCGAGAAGAGUGGUCUUCUUGGUCCUCAUAUUAAGGCUACCGCUGAACCAUCCUCAACAUCAUCCUUGGCCCAUUUUUCAAGGAGAAAAUGGGACCAGGGAGGUUCUCGGGGAUGCGAGCGCGGUAGCUCUAAUCAUAGCAGUUGUGGCAAAAAACACGAUCUUCAGGACGAACAACUACAUGUGGGACAAAGUAUAAGACGAAUAAUACAUGAUCAAGAAGGGCAUUGUUCUGAUUUGGAUGUGGUUUCGUCAGAUGUGGAGCUUCAGACAGAGGAAACGCCGCAUCUUCAUCGAGAAAUCAACGCGAUAGUGUUUAAAGACGGUAGAGAAGGAGCGAAAACUGGUGUUAGGGAUACAGUCAGUGCUUUGGUAAUUAUACCAAUUUCGUAUUCGUGUGGGGUAGGAAUAAUAGGCUGGGUGGUAGAAAAAUUUGAAUGUUGGGGCAUGCCUAUUGAGGACUGAGUCCAUACUUUGAACCGACAAUAGUUUCUAAUCACGUCGUCGCGCACAAGUCUUCCCAUUCACAGCACAAGAAAAAACGUCACAAAGCCGCUCAAUGGAUCCGAAGGAAGAAAAGAGAAGCAGCAUUAGCCGUUGUCCACGAUUCACACGCCCUUGAGUCGACCAAGACGCUUCUAGCUUGCAGGACGUUUUCGAGUAGCAAGAAGAAGCAUAAGAUUAUGGGCAAAUCAUGCUCAUGCGAUUUUUUACUCCUUGAAAAUGAUGUUUUGGGAUUUGGAGCCACCUUGUAGGACAACGCGUUGAUUGAUGUGGUCCUUCUAUUCUUUCACUACCUUGGUCACCCGUUGCAUCCUUCUAACUUUAAAAAACGAACUCGUGACCGUUAUGCUGUGCGGUCUGUAUCGCCGGAUCUGAUUCGACGGCUCUCAUACUUCGAUGAGGAAUUCGUCUGGCUUGGCGAGAAAGUUAAGAGGAUGGGUCUAAAGAAAAGAAGGUUACGUGGUUAUCCUUAUCGUGUCCAAAUGAGUAGCGAGAUGAAUAAGAGUAAGGCUAAGAAUGUAAAAAAGCCUGAUGCAGAUGCGAACAAUCAUAUGGAUCCCAUGACUCUGCUAUCCUCGUCUUAGAGGUAGGUUUACUAUCCCAUGACUUCUCUACUAAGCUAUUUAUUCCCUCUAACCUCCAGCGUGACAGAGAAGACGAAGAUGUCCACGACAUCGAUUCUCUCGAGGAAUUUUGUGCUUUCCAAUCCACCAAGGCACAAGCAACAACAGGAGAGUUGUUCCAAGGUGACGAGGAUGUUGGGGAAGAAACGCAUAUAGAUGAGAUUGCUGUCUAUAAAAAUGAUAAUACAAGAAAUGCAUCAUCAACAACAAAGCCAGAAGACCAAGACCUGGAGUUCUCUACUAGUACUUCUGCAGGAGCAGCAGGAGGAAUGAUGACCGAGAAAAUGAGGAUGUCUCCAAGGCGUCGCGCCUCAUUGUCUGAUAUCAUGCAGAGCCUUUUUGGUGCGAUUCGGAGACCAGGCUCUUCCUCUCGACAUCAAGUUGGAGAAGGAAAGGACCAUGAUGAUGAAAAAUCUACGCCUCCACCAACGACGUUUCUUCGUGGCUUUCGUCGCGGCUCCUAUCAUAGUGGCGACAGUGCAGAGAAACAGAAAGGUCAGCACGAGCACUCAUCAAGAAAUAGUACAACAACCACAAGAAGAAUGCUUAUCGAUAGUACAGCUGCAUCACGACCUGGUGUGACACCGUUAAUCGCAAGAGGACUUUACGAUCCUCUGCGAGUAGGGCGACCGAGCCUCUCAUCUCCUGGAGUCGUGGCUGUAGGAGAGCGAGGGACAAGAGACGGAGCCCUUGCAGGCGAGGCAAGUGAGGACAAGAUUGAUGACAUCAGUUCGAGCCCUGUACUAGUCGGUGAUGGCGAAAAUUCACAGCUGCUUGUGUAGAUUUGAUAGAGGGGAGAGUGUGUAGCUGCUUGGCCAGUAUUUCUAGUAAGGCCCUCGAGAUUGCUGAGGCUGCUUCCACCGAGAAAGAGAAUCCACUUUGUAGCCUCUUUGAGAGGGAACAAAAACGUUUUUUUCGAUCCCGUGCUAUAGCGUACUGAAGGCAGGUGUCAGCCGCAUCUAGUAAACGAGUUGUACGUCAAAUUUUUACAACUUUCAUAAAAUGAACAUGCCCAAGGAUAGGGAACAAAAGUGUUUCGUUGGUAGAGACAAAUGUUUAGAGUCAAUUUUUCUCGAAGUCUGACUAUGUCAUAAGUUUUACAGCAACAAGUAUUUUGCCGUUGAAUGAAGAUUCAGUUUGAGUAUGAUGUAUAGUUGUAGUGGAAAUAUCGAAGCAUUAGAUUUGACUCAUGAAAUUAAAGAACGCAUGACCUUCACCAUGGUAUCGGAGUGUUAUCAUCUAACGUAGUUCACGUCUCACCUCCAUUUGAGUCAUUCUUCAGUUAUGUAGUAGUUUCUAAUUCUAAGUGGACGGAAUCAGGCAGCGAGAGUUGUCACGUGAUUCGCAAAUGAAUGAAUGAAUGAAUAAGUGCAUCAUGUUGUUUUGUAGUUUCUAUCGUCCAUCCAUGUGGUCGUCCUCGUAUAGUUGAUAGUAAAUGUAGAUGUAGUUGUUCUGGUUGUGGACAUGACCACGGAUAUAAUUACGACGGACAAACAUAGGAAAUAAGUGCUGUAAAACAUAGGAAAUAACAAGUGCUGUAAAACAUAAAAAAGGCAGUUGCAUAAAGGUGUAGCUAUAAUGUAUCAGUAUCAUCUGCUCUCAAAAAUUUUUGAUUUUGAGUUGGGGAGAAGAGGUCGACCUCGCAUGAGAUUAAUCUCGCAAGAGCAUACGCCAGCACGUCUACAACACGGAAAGAUUAU